UCUGGACCAGUGAAGAUGAUUUUAUUAGUCCCCUGAAAUGUGCAUAUACUAUAAUCUCUCAACAUUACUAACACUCAUCAUGAAAAUCAUGCUUUGCAUGGCAACUUGUAAUAAUGCAGAAUAUGAAAUUAAUGGAGAGUGUUGUCCAAUGUGUGAUCCAGGAAAGCGAGUUUAUAGGCAUUGUGAUGAGACCACAAGCACUACAUGUGAUUCGUGCCGUGUGAUGACCUAUACUAACAGUCCUAAUGGGUUGACCAAAUGUCUGCCAUGUUCAGUCUGUGAUCCAAGUAAUGGUCUGAGAGUAAAGCAGGCAUGUACAUUAAUAUCAAAUACAGUGUGCGAACCCAUGCCAGGUUAUUACUGUAUAGACCUGCACUUAAGCUGUCCAAAGGCUAUGAAACAUUCAACCUGCUCACCUGGACAAUAUGUCAACCAAACCGGAACUGAAUUUAGUGAUACAGUGUGUAAUGACUGUCCUGCUGGUUCAUAUUCAGAUGGUACAUUCUGCAAUUUACAUACAAAGUGUGAAUCUCUUGGCAAAAUAACAGUCAUGUCAGGAACACAGACGUCUGAUGCUGAGUGCAGAAAUGGAACACCUUUACUGAUUGUGUUGUCGGUGAUUAUAGUGUGUCUGGUGUUAUUUGUCAUAAUUGUUGUUGUUGUUGUUAUUAUUGUAAAGAAAACAAAAAAUCAAUAUAGUGUAACUUCUCCCCAAGAUUUGAACCUGCAUCUUUAAACUGUUUCCCAACGCAGUGUAAAAGGCCAUUUGACAAAUUUAAUAAACUAACGAUUAAAUUGAUUUACUUAUGUUCAGUGACAUGGAGAUAAAAUGUAUAACUUCUGAAGCCACUUUGUAUAAAGUCUA